UCACACGUGGGAGGUCCUGUUUUUUUUCAUGUGCACUGGGUGUAGGUUAAGGGAUGCUCUACGCCCUCUCCCCCACGUAUAUUAAUUUUUUUCCUAUUUUUUUUUGAAAACUUGAGAUUGACGUGUGGAAAAAUGUAAUAUUUAAUUUUAUCAGCUGUUUCUCAGGAAUUUCUAGAAGAACAUUGCAAAGUCAAUGAGAGAUGACAAUUAUCAAGUUAAUUCGGGAUAAUAGGUGGAGUGUUAUCAGGAAAAUAGAUAAUGUUAAUGAGGAGGAAUGAAUAUAGUAGUGAUCAUGCUGUUGCUGGAGCUGUCAGUGGAUUUAUGACUCGACUCACUUGUCAACCCAUUGAUGUGAUCAAAAUUCGGUUUCAGCUGCAAGUGGAGCCAAUAUCCCACGAUCAUCCGAGCAAAUAUCGUUCCAUCCUCCAGGCAACACGAACCAUAAUAAAAGAAGAAGGCAUUUUUUCCCUGUGGAAGGGCCAUGCACCAGCUCAAUUAUUAUCGAUUGCCUACGGGACAGCUCAAUUUUACACAUACAACAAAAUCAUGGAGGUGUCGAGGAAUUUUGUGGCCCCUGAUCACUGGCAGAAUUCCGUGCACUUCGUCGCUGGUGCAACAGCCGGAUGUAUCGGAACAAUUGUUUCUUUUCCAUUUGACACAGUGAGAACUAGACUCGUUGCCCAAGCCCAUCAUCAACCAGUUUACAAGGGAUUCACUUCAGUCUACUCAUUAAUUUUAAGAACAGAAUCACUGCGUGGAUUUUACCGUGGCCUCUCACCGACUCUGAUACAGAUAGCACCUCACACUGGUCUCCAAUUCGUGUUCUACGAUCUCCUGACAGAUAUCUACAAGUCCAUCACCGAGGGAUCAUCAACGACAGUGAUAAAUUCGCUGAUUGCAGGUAGUGUUGCUGGUUUAUUAUCGAAAACGGCAGUUUAUCCACUGGAUUUGGCAAGAAAACGCCUGCAGAUCCAGGGAUUCGAGCACGGCCGAGUAGGAUUUGGCAGUUUCUUUAGCUGUCAUGGACUCCUCGAUUGCCUGAUGAAGACAGCAAAGACCGAGGGCCUCAGGGCCCUCUUCAAAGGCCUCCUACCCAGUCAAUUGAAAGCUGCAGCCACCACUGCUCUUCACUUCACCUUCUAUGAGCAAGCACUCGUACUUUUACAGUAUUUACGCGUGUAAAUGUUUGAAAUACAUUUUUACAAGUUAAUUUAACAAUGAUUUUAUGAAAGAAUCAACAAAAUGUGGGUGGACUAGACCAGUGGCAGUUACUGGAUGGAAAUAUUCGAGGAUGUGAGAGAAAAAUUAUAGGGGAUCAAAUCGAUAAUUGAUAAAAAAUAUUAAAAUAAAAUUCAGUGUUAUCUCAUGAUGAUUUAGUUGAAUCCCCAGACAAAA